GCCAGGGGGGUUUUGGAUGAUGUUUGGUUAAACGGCUUAAACCCCAAAAGUUGAGCUGCUGAGUGAGCGAAAGAACACUAUCUUUAACCCACACACUCUCUCCUUUCUCCUCUCGAUAAGCCAUGUCGAAAGGAACAGAUAAGCUGAUAAAGCAAGUGCAAGAAUUCGCGGAUAAUCAGUACCAAUAUAUCUGUCGCAAAUAUGGUCAGGAUCUUAUUGACAUUUUUGAUUUCCCCAUAAAAUUGGUUCUCUCUCCUUUCACCAUUGCAUGGACCGUUGGUUCUGCUCCUCGUGGUUUUGGUGUUCCCAAAUUCAUUUCUAAAGUUUCCUACACUGCUAUUUUUGCAAUUGCUACUUUUGGAACUUGGGAUAUUGCACUGGAGCUGGGGAAGAAGGUGAUAUGUCAGAGAGAUUGUCGAACUUGUAGUGGAUGGCAGGCAUUACGGUGUACUAUGUGCAGAGGCACUGGCCAGGUACACUAUCAGGUGAAAAGUUACACCUUGAGGAGUGGUGAAAAGCCAACUGCUGAGUCAGUUGCAGAUGCAAUUGCCAAUAAUCAAGCCGAGUUGGUUCACCUUCCUUCAGCCAUCGAUCUACAUACACCGUUGCCAUCAAAGGAUUGUCCUACUUGUGAUGGAACUGGUGUGAUGAAAUGUCCCGAAUGCAAGGGCAAAUUACAUGUCCGUAUCUCUGCUGAUGAUAUUAUGGAGCCUCCCUGGAAAGCCUAUAAUGUCUUGAAGAAAAUGGACUAUCCCUAUGAGCACAUUGUCCAUAGCAUGAAGGAUCCAAGCAUUGCGGAAUUUUGGCUUCUUACCAUGCCACAGAUUGUUGGUGGAUUCAACUUCGAUGAUGAAAUCAAACAGAAAAUUUGGUGGCAAUACAAGGAGUCGAUGCGUUAUGAUCAACUGCGAGAUGUGGUUUCUCAACGACAACCUGGAUGGGAAGAUUUGCAACAGGCCUUAAUCACACUUGAUCCUGCCCGGGCUAGAGAUGACCCUGUUGUAGUUAAAAAUGUUCCGUACUACAAGGCCAAGAAAGCACUAGAGAUGGAAGUUAUGAAGUUUGAUCCUCCCCCACGACCCAAAGACUGGGGUGAAUUAAAUCUUCCAUUAAAUGCAUCUUCUUGGAGCAAGGAUGAACUUAAAGAUCCAAAGAAGCUGCAGGAGAUGACUCUUCUUCUCAAUGCUCAAAGGGAGAUAGCUGAAAAAGUUUUGGAUGCGCAGUGGGAAGCAAAAUGGCGUCAGAACAAGUUGAAUGAGAUGAUGGAAGAGAAGUUGCAGCCUUAUAUUCAGAAUGUUGAGACUCUCUCUCAACCAAUCAUCAUGCAUCCACCGGCUGAGAAUAGAAAGAGGAAGUCAAAAAGAUGGUGGUUAUUCUGAUGAAAGAUUGUACCUGUUUGUUUCUUCCGAAAGACUGCUUGUGGCUUCUGGAGGCUCUUAUAAAUUGUACAUGUCGGAGUUGUCAAGUAUCUAUAGUACUAGUACUUAGCCUGUUUGAUAUUUACCCAUUUUUGUUCCUUCAAAGUUAUAGCGCGAUGGUGGCCAGAUUCUAUUUCAAGCCUUUUUUAUUAAGGUAUUUGUGAUCUUGUAAUUUGGAGUAUUUUUUCGACAAUUUUUUCCCUCGUUAUAUACAGGGGGAAGACGAACAUUAAAGUUUGUAAAAACUAUGAGCAAGUUUGCCUCAUAUUUUCAUCACCAGGCAAAUGAUUUCCCAGGUUCUGGCGAAGAAGCCUAAUUGUUGCUUUGGUACAACGUGGAUGGUGUUUCGAAUAUUAGAGCAAUAUUUGUAUUAUGAAGUAGUAAUUAGAUUUUAUGCUA